AUGUCGGAGACUCACCAUGAUAACGGAAGCUACGAGUUGCUCACGAGUCCAGAGUCUUUAGGGCGAAACACCGUUGAGGGCCGCAACGGUCAUGUCCGCAGUCACUCACAACCGGCCAACGCCGAGUCGCUGGAGAGACACCGCCUGGGAUUACCUGGCGAACUCUCACGACCGCAUCGAGUGAGGUUUCGAUCUAUCAGCCAACAUCGCGAUGCCGACAAUACCGAGACUACGGAGAGAGUCUACUCGAAUACCUCCGACGGCUCCUCGCGGACGCUGCUCAAUUCCCUACCACGAUCCACGGAUGUUACCGAUAUGCUAAAAGCAGAGAAAUUCGAUUAUGAGAAGGAUAUAACAUCGAGAUAUGAUGGGUCGGGUUACUCCAGCGCCCAAUACCCGCCUUCUACACCCGAACGCAUCUCCGAAGACUCCACAGCCAGGGAGCGAACGAAGUCUGUCAAACAAAGAUGGAAGGAGGCAGGUCAGUUGAUUAGGCAAAAGACGGUCCGUUUGGGAGAACGCCUGGGUAGACCGCUGGAUGACGGUGAGGCACUGGGAGUCUCCCUUUUGCCUGAGGACCUGGAAGAGGGGACGCCGAUACGCAGGUUCGAUAGCGAGUACCGCAUGGGCGACGAUAUGGACGACGAGAACCGACCCAACCCCAGUGCGGAGGCGCACCGUCUCGUCCGACGAAUAACUCAACGCAAUAAUCUGCGCCAUCGCAAACCUAAACCCGCCUACCAACGUUCUGGCCAGAGCACUCCCGAGCGUCCUAGUUCGUGGUACGAUUCGUACCGUCCUCUCUCCUUUAGUGGAGGCGGCGGCAUCUUGUCUCAACUGCUUAAGCUGCAGGCUGCGCAGAAUGAAAAGGAUGGUCUGUCGGCCACGGAUGAUUCUGACGAUGGCUCUCCCCUGUCCUCGGGAGCUACAACGCCCAAGUCAGGAUCGGCAACUCCCAAGUCGGGUGCAGUCACGCCUAAGAAGGAGAAACUGAAAUGGUAUAAGAAACCGCACCAUCGAUCAACUGCUUCCCUGGUGGAAGCGUCGAUGAACUUAAGUCGGGCCACCUUACCGUCGUCCGCCGACGUUCUGUCAAUGACACAGCAGCAGAAGCGGGGGAAGAAGAAGCCUUAUCGCAAGCAUCGGUUGGAGGACGAAAUCAAGGUGACCGUGCAUAUUGCAGAGAUCCUUGCACGGCAUCGAUAUAUCAUGCAGUUGUGCCGUGCCUUGAUGCGGUAUGGUGCGCCAACGCACCGAUUGGAGGAAUACAUGACCAUGACGGCGCGGGUCCUGGAGGUCGAGGGACAGUUUCUGUAUCUGCCUGGUUGUAUGAUCAUGUCCUUUGAUGACCCUGUUACUCGAACGGCCGAAGUAAAGCUGGUUCGUUCGGUCCAAGGGGUCGAUUUGGGACGAUUGGCUGAAACGCACAACGUUUACAAAAAUGUCGUUCACGAUCUGAUCGGAGUCGAAGAAGCCAUCCAGGAACUUGACGAAAUCAUGAAGCGCAAACCGCGUUUCAAUAAAUGGAUCUUGGUUCCAGUCUACGGUCUGGCUGGCGCCGCGGUCGGCCCCUUCGCCUUCGACGCCCGGCCCAUUGACAUGCCUAUCAUCUUCAUUCUGGCGUCGCUCGUCGGUCUGAUGCAACACGUCGUAUCUCCCCGAUCCACCCUCUAUUCCAAUGUGUUCGAAGUGACAGCAGCAGUGUUGACCUCGUUCCUGGCGCGGGCGUUCGGCUCGAUCCGUAUAACUGUGGACGGCCAAAAACAGUCCCUCUUCUGCUUCUCCGCUCUGGCACAAUCCUCCAUCGCCCUGAUCCUACCCGGUUUCAUGGUCCUGUGCAGCAGUCUUGAACUCCAAUCCCACCAGAUGAUUGCUGGUUCCAUCCGCAUGGUCUUCGCUAUAAUCUACUCCCUCUUCCUCGGCUACGGCAUCACAGUCGGCACCACCGUCUACGGCCUCAUCGACGGCAACGCUACCUCCGAAACCUCCUGCCGCGACCUCUCCAUCUACGGCAGCAAGUACAUACAACACUUUGUCUUCAUCCCCAUCUUCGUCAUCUGCCUCGCGGUCAUCAACCAAGCCAAAUGGAAACAAGUCCCCGUCAUGAUCUUCAUCGCAACCUGUGGCUACAUUACCAACUACUUCAGCACCACCAAGCUCGGCUCCCGCUCCGAAGUCGCCAAUACCGUUGGGGCAUUCACCCUCGGCAUCCUGGGCAAUCUAUAUAGCCGCUUAUGGCACGGCCACGCGGCCACCGCCAUUCUACCGGGUAUCUUCGUCCUCGUGCCGUCGGGUCUGGCAUCCUCGGGCUCCUUGAUCGCCGGCAUCAACUAUGCGAAUGAAGUCCGGCAGAAUCUGCAUAAAAGCGGCAAUGGCACCGACACGAGCAGCCAGGAUACAUCUAUCGCUAGCUUAGGUUUUGGUAUGAUCCAGGUGGCGAUCGGUAUCACUGUGGGAUUGUUCAUUGCGGCGCUGGUUGUAUACCCAUUUGGAAAGCGCCGGAGUGGGCUUUUCAGUUUCUAG